UGUGCGAAGCAUGGUAUUUACAGGCCAUACAAGGACCCGAAUACAUUCAAGUACAAAAAGACCGCAUCACAAAAGACUGAUUGUAAGUUUAAUCUCAAAGGACGACCUACGAAGGGUGAUAGAAUGUGGUGGCUGAAAGUGAUGGAUGGUAAACACAACCAUGAACCAGCUAAAUCACUAGUUGGCCACCCCUACGUUGGUCGACUAACAGAGGAAGAGAAGGGGCUUGUGGGCACCAUGACUAGUACUUGGACUCCACCGAGACAAAUACUAGCGGCAUUGAAGGAAAACAAUCCAAGUAACUUGACUACAAUCACUCAAGUUUACAGUUGCAACAAAAGGUUUAAAAAAGAGGAGAGGGGACCAUUGACAGAAAUGCAACAUUUGAUGAAGAAGUUGGUAGAAGCCAAGUAUGUUCACUUUGAAAGGCAACAAGCUGAUUCAAGUGAGAUUAGGGAUCUCUUUUGGGCUCAUCCUGAUGCGGUCAGACUCUUCAACACAUUCCCUCAUGUGGUCAUCAUGGAUUGCACGUACAAGACAAACAGAUAUCAGAUCCCCUUGCUUGAAAUGGUUGGUCUCACUUCUACGGGGUUGACUUUCUCCAUAGCAUUUUGCUACAUAGUUAGGGAGCACACAAUUGACUAUGUUUGGGCCUUGGAGUGCAUGAAGUCUCUUAUUGCCGAUGAUGUCAGAUUACCUCAAGUGAUUGUGACUGACAGAGAUUUGGCUUUACUGAGUGCUGUUAAGCAAUGUCUUCCCAAUUGUACCAAUUUAUUAUGCCGGUUCCACAUAAACAAGAAUGUGGAGGCAAAGUGCAAAGUGUUGAUUGGCACGGAUGAUUUUGCCCUUUCAGUGAUGGAGAACUGGAAAUGCCUGAUUUAUGCUGAAACAGUGGAACAAUUUGAUGAGGAAUGGAAGGAAAUGUGUGUCAUGUGUAAGGACUUCCCAGAUUUCAUAUCCUACAUUUCUACUACAUGGUUAAAGCACAAGGAGAAAUUUGUGAGUGCGUGGACCAAUUCUGUGUUGCAUUUUGGAACUACAACGAGUAACAGGGCUGAAAGUGCACACUCAACCUUGAAGAGGAUGCUGAAAGACGGCAGAGGUGACUUGUGCGCCUCGUGGGAUGCAGUGGAUAGGUUGACCACUGUACGACACAAUGAAAUCAAGGCAUCAUUUGAGCGCAGUAUCAACCUUGUAGAACAUCGUUUCAAGUCGCCCAUGUAUACAAAUAUCAGGGAAUUUGUGUCCAGAAAGGCAUGCAACUCAUGGAAGAUGAACAGAACAGAGUGA